AUGGUUAAACCCUUUUGGAGAAUAGGUGCCGAGAGAAGUAAGAUCAACCCCACAAAGAAUGAUGGCUUGACAUGGUAUAACGAUCUUGGUCUUCACGCUUCUGGAGAGUUUUCAAUGGCCAUGAUCCAAGCCAACAGUGUGAUGGAGGAUCAGUGCCAGAUCGAAUCAGGUCCAUUGACAUUCAACAAUCCGGCAGUACAAGGCACGUUUGUUGGAGUGUACGAUGGCCAUGGAGGUCCAGAGGCUUCCAGGUUCAUUGCAGACAACAUCUUCCCCAAUUUAAAGAAGUUUGCCUCUGAGGAUGGAGAGGUUUCAGAGCAGGUGAUCAAGAAAGCAUUUGCAGAGACAGACAGAGAGUUUCUCAUGGCAGUGAAGAAGCAAUGGCGCACGAACCCACAGAUGGCAUCAGUUGGGUCAUGUUGCUUGGCAGGAGUGGUAUGCAACGGAUUGGUGUAUAUUGCAAACGCAGGAGAUUCAAGGGCUGUGUUGGGAAGAUCUGAGAGAGGUGGUGGUGUCAGAGCUGUUCAGCUAUCAGUAGAGCACAAUGCCAACGUAGAGUCUGCGAGGCAAGAGCUUUGGUCAAUGCAUCCUAAUGACCCCAGCAUUCUUGUCAUGAAGCACCGGAUGUGGCGUGUCAAAGGCAUCAUCCAGGUCACAAAGUCCAUAGGUGAUGCAUACCUCAAGAGAGCAGAGUUCAACAGAGAGCCGUUGCUGCCCAAAUUCAGACUAGAGGAACAUUUCACCAAGCCAAUCCUCAGCGCGGAUCCAUCAGUCACGGUCACCAGGCUUAAACAAGGAGACGAGUUUAUGAUUCUUGCUUCAGAUGGGCUUUGGGAGCAUCUUAGCAACCAAGAAGCUGUUGAUAUUGUACAUAGCUCUCCACGCCAAGGGAUAGCAAGGAGACUACUCAAAGCUGCAUUGAAGGAAGCAGCGAAGAAAAGAGAGAUGAGAUACUCAGACCUGAAAGAGAUCCAUCCUGGUGUUAGAAGGCAUUUCCAUGACGAUAUCACCAUUAUUGUCGUCUAUCUCAAUUCCCAAAUGGUGAAAACCAAUGGUUGGGCAUCUCCACUGUCGAUAAGAGGUGGCAACAGUAUGCAUUAG